ACUUUUACGAUUUACCUCUGUAAUUAGUAUUACGUAUCAGUUUAAGUAUAAAUAUAUAAUGCAUUCAGUAUAAUACUGAAUAUUGUGUUGUACUCUGUCUGUCGUGACUUUGACAAAGACAAGACAAAUAAAAGUUGAUAAUUAUUACAUAAAAUACAAAUGUAUUUCUAAUUUUAUAAUUGUUGGUUAAAAAAAAAUUACAAGAAUGAACACUCAAGAAAUUCUAAUACCAGUUCCUUGGGGUCACAUUUCUGCAAAAAUGUAUGGUAACCACUGUAAUUCUGCCGUAUUAUGCGUCCACGGAAUUCAAGACAACUGUGAUACGUUUUCAACGCUUCUGCCGUUAUUACCAAAAGAGUAUUACUACGUUUGUAUUGACUUACCAGGCCACGGUCACUCUUCACAUUUUCCCCAAUUUGUGCCGUUAGAAUUUACAAAUUACCUAAGUGCAAUCAAAUUAGUCAAAGAUCAUUUUUGUUGGUCUCAAUUUGUCUACUUAGGCCAUAGCUUUGGAGGACAACUGGGAACUUGGUUCACCGCUCUUUAUCCUGAGUGUAUUAAAUGCCUUAUAAUUCUGGACACUAUGGGACCUCGGGACGUUGAACGAAAAAAUACGAUGGAAACUGUUAAAAGUCGCAUUGAUGAUUUUCACAUUUUACAGAGGCGACAGAGUGGUCGUGAUCCGCCAGUUUAUACAUACGAUCAAGCAGUCGAUAAAAUCAGAAGUGGACGACCGUCUAAAUUGACAGAUGAGUCUGCACAUAUACUGGCUAAAAGAAGUUUAAUCAGAGUAGACGAAAAUCGAUUUAAAUUUGCCUACGAUCAACGCUUAAAAUUGCCAUUUCAUCCGGUCAUGACGUUUGACCAGCAUGAAAAUAUUAUCAAUCGUAUAUCAUGUCCAACCAUAUUUGUAUUGGCCGAUGAAAACUGUGGGCGCUAUUCAACAUACUUGAAAAACGCUUAUGAGUUUUACAGUACAAGACCCAACAUGACGAUUAGGACUGUUAAUGGCAACCACGAUGUACAUUUAAAUCAUCCUGACCGAGUAUUUGCGUUUGUUUCAGAAUUUUUGAAACAAAAUUACUAAGAAGAGAUGUUAUUUGUUAGAAUUUAUUGUAUAGUCAUACUUUGUUUUUUUUUUUCAAUUGUUUGUUGGUACUAAAAUAUAAUUAUUUACUAUAGUUGUUGUGAUUAUUCUUCUCAAACUAUCAACUUUUAUUUUUUAAUUUUUGUCAUACAAUUGUGGGUCUAUCACUCAAUGUGGUUUAAUUGUUUUUUUCUAUUCAUAUCACAGAACUGGUGGAGGGCUUCCCUGAGUCAAAAUUCCUUGUAAAAUGAUUUACAAAACCUUUGUAUGCUUAAUUUUUAAAAACUUAGUAAAUACUUUUUUUUCAGAUAGAAUUUUUGUAAUGAAAAGUGCGCAUAAUAUCUUAUUAUUUUUAAAACUAUGAUUAGAUAUUAGAAAAACCUUUAUAUUUGAUUUUUAACUAACACAAUAACUAUGUUAAAAAUUCUUGUUACUCAGGUUAGUGGCGCUGAGGGAGAUAUAAAAUAAUGGUGAUGUGGUAUGUGAUAGUUGAUUACUUAAAAUUUGGAUACUUUUUAUGUAUAUUACACCUAUACUGCCAAGCGGUGAAGUUCAUAGGCGAAUCAGAAGAUAAUUUAAUUUAGUUUUUUAAUUCGUAGUUUUUGUUGGAAAAAAGUUCACAAAAUAUUUUUACUUUUCAAGUUAUUAAUCAGACAAAAAUUCUUCAUAUUUUUCCAAAUUGGUAUUUAGUUACAUAUUUGCUCAAGUAUAAAUGGGGUAAGUCUAUUUGACGGUGUUCUAGACUGCAAAAUCAUGUUGAAUAUUUUAUCACACCUAAAAGUAUUCUCGCAGGAAAUUUGUUUUGAAUACAUAAUGAUAAAAAAAUUGGGAUAUAUUUUGUAACUUACUGAGAAAGCCACCGCUCGAACAGGGAGACAAGGGAUUCAAACAAGACUCAACAAAAUGAAGAGUAUAUUUUUUUUCAAUUUGAAUCCGGGAUCUAGCAUGAAGUCAAAAAUAACGACCACCAUGAUGGACACACUUUGGGAUUCUCCCAUUAUUGUGCGUUCCUAUAAUAUACUAGGGAAAUGUCUAUUGUACUUUAUUAAUAUCUCAUUCUCCCUGUAUUCAUCAUAAUAUGCCGCGGUUGCUUUUCCUUCACAGUGGAUAGUUGUCAAUUGGAAACUACUGAAAUUGCGUUUGUAUUGUGUA